GGCUGAGGCUGUGGCGUGCUCGUCCUAGUUUAAGGCGUGGGCUGGGCUGGGGAGCGGCGGAGUCAGCCAGUCAGAUUCAGGAAGUCGAGUUCCUGACCUCAGGAGCCGGACUGGGUGCUGCGAAGCCUCAGCGGGGAACACAGGGGGUGCUUUCCUCCACACACCGCACGGGUGGCACCCACUGAUCCGCAGCGCCACCUCCCUCCCAGGACCUGGCAGUGGCGGGGAGGAGUUGGAGGAGGGACUGAGACCUCACCCUUGUGCCCAAGUCACUCCAGACAGCACCGGAGCAGACCCAGCAGUCCCACAUGCAGGAAGCCCUCCAGCGGACCCAAAGGUGCUCCUGGUGACAUGCCCAAACCCAAAGCCAAAAGAGGAAUCAAUUACAAGUGGCCAGCACUGCAUUCUGUGGAGUCCGGGGCUUGUUAGGUAGUUGGGAUCCUCUGGCCCCACACUAGCCCAGCACCAUGGAGAGAAACAGUUCCCUCUUCAACUCUAUCUGGGAAACCAUCCGGACCAGACACGAAAGGGGCGUCUUCAACACCGUCUGCCUGGCUGUCCUCCUGGGGCUGCCCUUAGUGGUAGUUCUUACGCUCCUCUUCAUCUGCUGCCAUUGCUGCUGCAGCCGGCCACCCAAGAGCGGCCAGCAGCCAGACCCAAACAAGAAGAAGAAAAAGAAGAAGAAGAAGAAGAAGAAAAAGAAGGACGAAGACCUCUGGAUCUCUGCUCAGCCCAAGCUCCUCCAGAUGGAGAAGCGGCCAUCACUGCCUAUCUAGGGAUGGGAAGCUCAGUGUCCUCCCCUCUGAGCCCAGCCUCCUUCCAACCACAGAGACUCAGGAGGAGCCUUAACAGUGAUGCACUCAUGCCUACAGAUUACUUCAACCAAGGAACAAAUGUCAGACUGAGCAUCCCAUUGGAUAGGAGCGUGUGGACAAUUCUUACACUGUCUUGGCAGCUACGUGUCCAAUAACAGUGCUCUGUGUUGUAGUCCCAAGCAUGUAUUACACUGUCUCUGAUAUACUCCAUCACAAAAGCACAGAAAACAUGUAUACAUGCACUUUAGAUGGAGUCCGAGUAGAUGCACAUGGCCAUUGUAUGUAUGUAUAUUUGGACAACAGGUACAUGGAACAGUAUAUUCUGUUUAUCAUGUGGCCAUUUAAUAUGUACUUUGCACAAAUGUACAUACUUGCAGAAAGGUCUUAUGGGAAGAUAUGUCCAGAUUUAGGCACAUAUGCACAAUUAAAUAGCCAUGCAAGGCUCUAUGCACUGUCUAUAUGCCAUUCAGGUUGGAGAUGGGUGCUUUCCUCUUCCUAUACCUACAUAGUAUUUUACCGGGAAUACAUUUGGACAUUCCAGGAACCUGUUACAGUCUUACACUCCAGUGUAUAUUGAUACAGACAUAGAUAGUGGUUCCUAUAUGCUUCUGAACUUCUACCUGUACCUAAAAAUUUGAAGUAUGGUUCCAAAUCCAUUCAAAGCUCUUUGCUUGCAACUCACGACAAGGUCCUCCUUACCACUGGCAGGUGUUUAAUGUGGUCCAAGACCUCUCGGGGACAUUACCCCAUAACUACUCAGCAAGGGGCCCUCUUCUAAGCAGCAAUGAAUGGCUCUUGGCAGUAACUACUAGAAAGCUAUGGAAACUCGUGUGAUCUCUUCCAUGGGCUGCAGUUACGUGCCCACGCAAAGUGGACACAGACAGAAAGGGUAAGGAGAUGCCCCACAUAAGCUAGCUAUGUUCUGUGUGGAGGAAGGUUUUUCCGAAAGGAAAGAUGUGAGGUUAUCAC